GUAAAAAUAUUUCAAAUAAAAUCAUAGUUUAUUGAUUGUGAUACUACAGCCUUUUCUGAACUAAUAAGUGCAAUAGGUGUUUUGUGUGUGCUAAAUAAAAGUGACCUAAUGCUCUUAUGUUAACAUGAAGGCAACACACAAUAUCAUUAUCCUGCAGCAAACAAGAAACCGUAUCAUCACUUACAUCUUUACAUACUGUAGUAACAAGAAAUUUAAUUACUAUUUACAUUUUUAUCCCACACUAAUCUCAAGGAAUUUAAGUUGGUGUAUGCCUGAGAUCUAGCACACGUACUUCAUUUUUACAGCAGUUGCUUAGGCUGAGCGUAACGCCCAAUGUGCUUCAUAGCCGAGUCAGAAUUUGUCUCCUUGGUCUAAUUCCAUUACUAUAAAAAAGAAACCCUCCUUCUUGCUCAUGCUUGAUUUUCAUUCAUUAUUAUAACAGAUGUAUAUUAGAAAUGGAGAAAAGGAUGCAAGAAUUAACUGUGUCAAGAACUAGACUGACAUUUUAUAGGUAAAAAGGCAAGCCUGAUUUUAAAAACAAGCAGAUGCCCAGAAGCUUUGAGAAUGUUCAGAGCAGCAGCUGAAGAUGCUGUUGUUGAGUAUAAUCCUAAAUCUCUCUAUCCUUUCAAUACUAUAAAGAAGAGGACCCAAGGUCCAGUGGACAAUCGGCCACAAGGUUCAACAUAAACACAGCCCCAAUGAUAGGGCUCUUUCCCCACCAGUUUCUCUAAUCAUUUGUCAUAUUCCUAUACAUGAGUCAGAAAUUCUAUGUCUCAUCGCCUGGCCCUUCUGACAACUGGCCCAUUAGGAAUGAAAAUUCAAUUUGCUAUGAUAGAUAGAAUUAGGGUCCCUUGAUCUUGGAGCUAGGCAGACAGGGCUGAACCUGACUGGGUGCUAUUAUUAUAUUGCCCCUUCCUCCAGCAACCAUAUUGAAGAAAGCGAUCAAUGAUAGUCGUUCAGGUGCUCCACUCAAGCCUUGAAUCUGGUUGAGGCAGCACAGGUUGGCUGGUGUGGCAGUUCAACACACCUACUUCCUGCAACUUUGGUUAUUAACUAAUAGUGUACAUCCUAGUUUCUGAUGUGACUGAGUCAGCAAGGGUGUGGCACAGAACACACACAAAGAAACUGCUGCCUGCAAAACAUACGAAUGGUUGAGUGAGAAGCGUAAAGAGCAACACAGAAAGAAAUGUGUUCUAGAGGAAGAAAAGCUUAAAAAAUAUAGUGGAUGGAUACUUAACCAAUCCCAAGGCAGGAAACCCCUGACACAGGUGUGCUUGCAUUGUAUCGGAUACAUUUCCUUCACAACUCUCCACUCGGCUGCCUUCUCUGUUGCUUCAUCUCACAGUAAGUAGUAAUUCUAAAUUUCGUUCUUCUCAAUGCUGAACUGCAUAUUUACAAAUCUUUCAAGGGCAUCUUUUCGUUACUAAGCAACAAUAUUUACCUUUUAAUGGUGGAAUAUGGAACAUUUUUCAAAAUUGAGAGUAUAUUAUGCUCCAAAAUCUGGGUAUGGUUCACACAACGACAUACCUACUUCCCAUGCCUUUCAUUUAGCUUUGCUUUGGAAGUCAGACACCGCAAUUUGUCUGUUUAAUAAAGAUGCAAAGUCACCCAAAGGCCAAAUUGGGAUGGGCCACCUACAGAUGGUAGGCCACAGACAAGUCCCAAUGAAGUAGUAAAUCUGCCCUAUACUACUUUCAAAUUGCCAAGCCAUUGCUUACAACUGCAUUAGGCAGACAAGGCAAAAGAGAAGAUGAGAUGGAAGAGUAGCAAAUGAGGAGUGAAGGCAGGAUAGGGAAAAAUAGGAGUACAUGAGGUGGAAAGCAAGAGAGGAAGAGACUGAUGUGGAUUGUGAAAGAGAUGGUGUAUGAGGACUACAGAGGAGAGAACGUAGAAGCCAGUAGAACAGCUAAAAAGUGUUCUGAGAAGGAUAAGUGGUUGGGAAGACAGUCUGAAGCAGGAAUAAGAAGAAAGAAGGUGACCCACAGAGCCUGAGUUUGGCUUGUGCCUAAGGCUUUUUGCUGUGCUGUUAAACACCUGCCUUUUACUGCUUCCUUCAGCAUGGACACUUGGCGGAGAGGCUCCAUCAGAUCUCCAGGUUUCUUCAAGCGUCUCUCAUUCAGGAGGAAUAAGAAACUGGGCAGUCAAGUCAUUAUCCUGAAUCACAACAGCCAAACACUAGACACCAGUGGACAGUACCACAAAAAGGAGCUCCUAAGAGAUCUGAAAGGGAAGUCAGACUAUCUAUCAUGUCAGAGUGAGCAAAACCUUGCUGCCAAGCCACCUCCAAAACCGCCUCGGCUAUACCUGGACAGUACCAGCUGCCCCAAUAUAAUAGACCACACAGAUUCUCCAUCUCCAGAACUCUCUUUUCCAAAUGCUUCACAUCAAUUGCACAAGGCUACUCAAACACCACCAGACCUAUUUUGCAAGAACCAAGCUUUAAAUUGGGACCCAGCUGACACCACCUCCUGGCAUGGCAAGCCUCUGCCUGAUCCAUCGGAUCCUUUCCUUUCCUUCAAACUGGACUUUGGACCCUCACUCCUUGAUGAUAUUCUGCAAGCACUGGGAAAACAGAAUUUGCUACUAAAUUAGUUGAUCAUCAGGAUAAACUAGAGGAAGAAACCAUACUGGCCUAUAGGCCUCUCUCGGUUGAAACACAGCAGCCCAUGCUGAGUGUUGUUCUUUCUAAGGUGAGCUCCUUUCUUAUGGACCUGUUAGAGUACACUAUAAGAGCUUGUUAUCAGUAUUGCAAGUACUGUUUCCAUUCAUGCCCAUGCACAAAGAAGGAGUAGCUAUGGUGUGACACUCAAAGCCAUAAAGAGCAGAAUAGGAUUCUUCGGAAACCUCACACAAUCUAAAAUCUCUGCUCUGUUUCUAGAUUAGAGGCAUUCUAUAUAAAGCUGUUUCAGAGGCAGAAAGCAAUAAUCUUGAAUGAUGUACAAAGGUGAAGUGGGCAGACAGAAUAAUGAAGAUUGUAUUCUCUUAUGUCAACAUGUAUUUCCCUCAUUAAUUCUAAUUAAUGGGCAUAUUUAAGCUACUGGAAAGUCAAAACAUAAAGUAAUUGUUUUGCUUUCUAUUCAUUAGAAGGAAAAGUACUCUACAAUGGCUUCUUCAAUAUACCAUGGAUAAUCUACUAUAAAAUGUGAGAGUGUAUAUUUUAGGUAAAGGUAAAAGUUGCCCUUGACAUUUAGUGCAGUUGUGUCCGACUCUAGGG